UCAAAAACCGAAAAAAGAAACCCUAGUUGUCAUUCUCCAUUUGUGGCUUCUGUGAUCAAAACCCUAAAUCCUUAACACUAAGACCUCAGAUUUUGUUGGUCUUUGUGUUCUAUCGAUUUGUGUGUCGUUUUGGUUUUGUAUCCUUCAAUCUCUGCAACUGUAAUGGCGAAUGCUCCUCCAACUGCCGUUCAGCCAAUCCAACAACAGUCUCCCCAGCAGCAACAGACGCAAGUACAGACUGCCGGAGGAGCAUUAGUCAAUGCUUCGCUUUACGUUGGGGAUCUCGACCCGUCAGUUGGCGAAGCCCAACUGUAUGAUCUCUUUAACCAUAUUGCUCCAGUCGUAUCGGUUAGGGUAUGCAGGGAUCAGAUCAGGAGGGUCUCUCUUGGUUAUGCUUAUGUCAAUUUCAACACCUCUCAGGAUGCUAGUAGCGCAUUGGAGGCUUUGAAUUUUACGCCCAUCAAUGGGAAACCAAUAAGGAUUAUGUUCUCUCAUCGAGAUCCUAGUAUUCGGAAAAGUGGAUAUGCUAAUGUAUUUAUUAAGAACCUGGACACAUCGAUAGAUAACAAAGCAUUGCAUGACACCUUUGCUGCUUUUGGUACUGUCCUCUCUUGCAAGGUGGCCACUGAUAGCAAUGGUCAGUCAAAAGGAUAUGGAUUUGUACAGUUUGAUGCAGAGGAAGCUGCAGAAAAUGCCAUCAAACGGUUGAAUGGGAUGCUGAUAAAUGAUAAACUAGUCUAUGUUGGUCUUUUUGUUCGCCGUCAAGAAAGAGAUCAUGCGAAUGGUUCUCCAAAGUUUACUAACGUAUAUGUAAAAAAUUUGUCUGACACAACUACUGAUGAAGACCUUCAGAAAAUUUUUGGCAAGUAUGGUCCCAUCACUAGUGCGGUUGUUAUGAGGGAUGCAAAUGGAAAUUCUAGAUGCUUUGGUUUUGUUAAUUUUAAGAACACAGAUGACGCUGCUUCUGCUGUUGAGAACUUGAAUGGAACUACUUUUAAUGAUGACAAUGUUUGGUACGUUGGGAGGGCUCUGAGGAAAGCUGAAAGAGAGGCUGAGUUGAAGGCCAAAUAUGAACAGGAAAGAAAUGGUUGGCUGGAAAAACUUCAAGGGGCCAACUUAUAUCUGAAAAAUCUAGAUGAUAGUAUCAAUGAUGAAAAAUUGAAGGAGUUGUUUUCAGAAUUUGGAACUAUUACAUCCUGCAAGAUUAUGCUUGAUCCACAAGGUCUGAGCAAGGGAUCUGGUUUUGUUGCAUUUUCUACCCCCGAGGAAGCUAGUAGAGCUGUUAGUGAAAUGAAUGGGAAGAUGAUUGGACGGAAACCUCUUUAUGUCGCUGUGGCUCAACGGAAGGAAGAAAGAAAGGCAAGGCUUCAGGCACAGUUUUCUCAGAUGCGGGCUCCUGGUGGAAUGGCGCCUGUGGCUUCGGGUAUACCUGGAUUUCACCCUGGGCCUAGGCUUGCCCCUCAGCAGUUGUAUUUUGGUCAAGGUACUGGUCUUAUUCCACCGCAGCCUGCAGGAUAUGGCUUCCAGCAGCAACUCUUGCCUGGGAUUCGUCCUGGCGUUGCUCCAAAUUUUUUAUUGCCAUACCACCUUCAGAGGCAAGGACAACCUGGACAGCGGAUGGGUGUAAGGAGGGGUGGAACCCCACAGCAAAUGCAGCAGCAGCAGCAGCAGUUGAUGCAGCGUAAUGCAAAUCAAGGAUUUAGAUACAUGCCAAAUGCACAUAACGGGGUGGACCCAGCUUUGGUACCUCAGGGGCUUAUGGGUCCAAUGGUGCAUUUGCCGCUGGAUGCGUCUGGGGUGCCUGUGGCUCCAAUGGAGGCAUCACGACCUGGACUAGUUCCCAUUCAAACACUUGCUUCUGCCUUGGCUUCAGCAACCCCAGAGCAACAACGCAUGAUGCUGGGGGAGCAAUUAUUUCCUCUUGUCGAACGCCUCGAGCCUGAUGUUGCUGGAAAAGUCACUGGUAUGUUACUGGAGAUGGAUCAAACAGAGGUCCUUCAUCUCAUAGAAUCACCAGAUGCUCUGAAGAAAAAAGUUGCAGAGGCAAUGGAUGUUCUCCGACUAGCAGCUACAGGAUCAGACGCUGCUGACCAGCUUGGUUCAUUGUCGCUGAACGAGUGACCAUGGUUUGAUUGGCUAUUGGAUACAGUGUGCGUGUGUUAGUAGGGCCCCAUUUUUUGAUAGAGGGCUUGAGGAGCUUUCAUUGUUUGGGGUUUGUCUUUAAACUAUUUUAAUAGGGAUUGGCCCUCAUCAGUUGGGUAUAAAUUUUUUG